AGCUGCUGGAUGCCUCCACAGAGAUAGGUUUUGAUUUAUCAGAGUGUCAAUAUCACAAGCAAACAAACGGAACGAAACGAAAGAUGAGCGGUUCCGCAGCAGAAUGGUCCAGCAUGGCUGACGAGUAUGAGAAAGUAGCCACUGCGUUCACCAUCCCGGUCGCUCAAGCCGCCUUGGCGCUACCCCUACUACCUACCGACAAACCUUUAAAGAUCCUGGAGGUCGCAUGCGGGUCCGGAGCAUUGACUGGUUUGCUUGCUGAGCGGUUCGCAGGCAGCGGGACGCAAAUCGUGGCAACGGACUUUGCGGAGGGCAUGGUAAAGUUUAUGCAAAAGAAGGCCUCCGAAAAUGGCUGGAAGAAUGUUACAGGACAGGUUAUGGAUGCUACGAAAUUGAAUGUUCCCGACAACUCUCUUGAUGCCGUUUUCUGCAUUUUUGGAAUUAUGCUCAUGCCAGAGGGUUCCAAAGCCCUUGGCGAAAUGCAUCGCGUUCUCCAUCGCAAUGGCAUUGCUUGUUAUACGACAUGGGGAGAAAAAGACUUUGAUCCAAUCAUCCAAGAAGGUAUCCGCCGUUCCAAGCAGCAAGUCCAGUAUGACCAGCCACCCAGCGUGACGCGGACACCUGGCUGGAGCGACCUGGAUUUCUGUAUUGGAGAAUUAGAAAAAACUGGGUUCUCAAAAGUGGAGGGGCAGAAGUAUAGAGGAACCUGGGUAGUUAACGAUCUAGACAAAUUUCUCGGGCCUUUGGUAAGGAAUCCUGGCAUGAAGGGCUCGGUGCUCAAGGACUUUACUCCAGAGGAGCUUGAGCAGUUUCAGGCGCUACUCAAGCAACUCUUUCAGGAAAAGUAUGGCGUAAAGGAUAUAUACGAGUUUAAUGUAGUGGCCAACAUUGUUUUUGGACAAAAGUAAUGCUUCACGCCUGUCAUGUCAUGAACGUCUUGCCGGAUUGACUUGGAUUUUGGGAAUGUUGACCAGGGAGGUGACCUACCGGGAUUUAUGGAUGGGCUUUUGGAAAGUGCAAUGUACUCCAUGUGGCGGUAAUGCAAUCCUUCACGGAGAUGAAAGUGUUGUGGAGGCGUCUGCCUCCGCGGGGCUGCGUUCCGCCUGGGCUCUUUACCAGCACAUGCAAAUGUCGUCCAUGUCGUAUUGUCAGUGUUUACAUGACGGUCGCCACUAAGUCAUAAUCAGAUCGCC